AUGGCACGGAAGAGCUUGGCCGAGGGCCUGCAGGGCCUCAGGCGCCAGCGUCUAAGCGCCGUGGCCGAAGCGGGGCAGCUGCUGCAGGAUCAGAACCACAAGGUGAGGCAGUGCAUGCUGCGCGCCUUGAGCACCGCUGGGCCAUCUGCUGCUUCACCAUGUACAGAGGCCAUGGUGCUGUGUCUCGAGGACCAAGAGCCAGAUGUCCGUGGCGAAGCGGUAAGGUCCCUUUGCCAACUCUCUGCUGAAGAUGGCGUUGAUGGCCUUAACCCUGAAAGGAUAGCGAAGGUGGUGGCGCCUCUGAUUUCACAGCAAAGUCAGCGCGUCAUUGACCAUGCCGCUGAAGGCCUAGCUGCUUUGGGAGAUGUGGCAGCUCCUCUGGUGCUUCCCUAUCUCAUCCAUGGCGAGAAAUCUGAGCGACAAGCAGCGGUUCAGGUCUUGAGAAGACUGCGUGAGGCUGGUCUCAGUCAUGUUGCUGGACUGUUGGCCCACCAAGACGCCGACGUGCGCCGAGCAGCGUUGCGAGUCUUCCAGGGAUCCGACAGCUCAGGUCAGGAGGUGAUGAGGUUCAUCCCAGGAAUUGCUGAGGACAUCGGUCAGUUGCUCCAAGAUCCUGAACCAAAGGUUCGGGGUGUGGCCGCCUUGGCUUUAUGUCGUUUGGGUUCCAAAGCUUCGAAGCCCUUUGCGGAGCAGUUGAUCUUCAUGCUGCAAAAUCCCUCUGCAGAUGGCGCUGAGCUGCGGGAUGUGUUGGCCGCGCUGGCCUCGCUGGGAAGCUCCGGGGAUUGGGCGGCCGAGGCGGUGGCAGGCUGUUUGUGGCUGGAGCACUGGUCUGUUCGAAGGGCGGCUGCAGAGACCUAUGGCCAGAUUGUGGGACCGAGGCGAUUCGAUCCUUUCACCGAAAUGAAUGAUGAUGAGCUGGAUGAUGCCAUGGCCGCGCCGGUGGACCGAGAGGCUGCUGCCUUGCAAUUGUCUAAGCUGCUCAAGGACCAUGUUGUGGAAGUGGCUGAAAGUGCAGCAAAAGCUUUGGCAAAUCUGGGCUUGGAGGGGGCACGCGAGGCGGUGCAGAUUGCACGAUGCCUGGAUGACGAUUAUGGUUUAUCCCAAGCAGCCUUAGAUGCUCUUGUGAAGCUGCUAAGCCAUGAAUGCUUUGCCACCAAAGAAGCAGCUGCAGCUGGUGUGGCCAUGUAUUUCAAUCAAGGAGGGCAGGCGCCCAAGACUGCCCGCGGGCUUCUGGUUGAAGCACUGCUCAGGGAGGCCAGGUGUGAAGAAAGGAACGUGCGAGAAGAAUGUAUCCGUGCAUUGGGUGGCCUGGCACAUCAAGAACAAAGGUCCAAAUGGCAGCAGAGGAUCCUCAAAGAAGUGACCCAGACGGCCUUGGACGAUGUUCAGAUGAGCGUCAAGCGUUGCGCCAUCGAAGUUCUUGGCAAGCUGAACUUGCCACCCGAGGCUGCAGAUCAGCGCGAAUCAGUGCUGAACAUGCUGGCCAAAUCCAGUCCCUCCCGGCAGCUGCGACGAUAUGCCUCACAGGCCUUGGAGAUCUCCCGGCCGAGGACCAGAAUCACUACCACCUCCAUGCGCGAGACCCGUGUGGGUGCGCCGAUGAAGGAGCUCUCAAAACUGGUCGGAUCGUUGCGGACCACGCUGGAUCAGGCCGAAGCCUCAGAGCGUUUGUUGGAUGAGUUAGCCUCUGCAGACUCAUCUCGUGCAUGGCAUUUGGAGCGGCUGUUGUGGCAGACGUGGUAUUUCCAUGAGAACCCGGUGGCUAUGACGUUGUUGUCGGAGGGCUCCAACCUAAUGGAUGAGGGUGAUCUGGAAUUAGCCAAGCAAUGCUUCCUACAUGCAGCGACUCUAGAGCCCUCUUGGGCUGAAGCCUGGAACCGCUUGGCGACGGUGGACUAUUUGCUGGGGAACUACAAUUAUUCAUUGAAAGAAAUCGACAAGACCUUGGAGCUGCAACCGCGUCACUUUGGCGCCUUGUCCGGCAAAGGUUUAGUGUACUUGAAGUUGGAGCGCUUCCAAAACGCGAUCGAAGCAUUUCAGGAUGCGCAAGAGGUGGUUCCUACAAGCGAGUCUCUAAAGCACAACAUUGAAUACACCGAAGCCUUGCAAAAAGAGGCAGCCAUGAUGAUGCACUUCUGAGUGCAGAAACUCCAGUGAAACGGAGCCCAUGGCAAUGGCGCAACAUGGCGCAAUGCUUCUUGCUGCCAAGGCCCUGCUGCAGGUUCCUAGUCCUGUAGUCCGGUGGCCUAGCCGCAGCCUGUCAGUGACAGCAACCUUUCCAUUAGAAUUUCAUGUACAUUGUGUGGAAACUAUGUGUGUGUCCAACGUCGGCUACACAUGUAGAAAUAUGUAGAAGGUUGAUGAAGAUUGGUCGCAGUUUCCUACUCCAGC